AUGAAUAUUCAUGUGAAAAAACAACAUCCAUUUCUAAUUUAUAUAUCGAAUCGAAUAAAUUAUAAUACUCGAUUCCUUCGCAGCUUACUCGAUAAAGAGUCAGCGUUAGCAGAUGAUACACCGUUACCGCCCGCUCCGCCCCCGCCCUCGCUCAGGAACAAGACGCCCACUCCGCCCCCGCCCCCCGUGCCCAUGGACACUUGCGUCAGCCCCCCGCCCACACUUAACGGAGAUAUGACUGUAAGUUACACACAUAAUCUCAUUUAUGUUAUAAUCUUUACCCGUUUUAUUUUUUCACAACAUUCGCAAUUGGUUACUAAUACUGAUAUUUUCAUAAAUACACCAUAUUAAUAGAGUAACUUGGGGCUGUAGUCUCAACAGUGUUUGCGAUCGUAAUAUUACCGAAUUCGUUCGCAAACUCAUAGCGAUCGUAAUUUAACGAUAAUUGCAAGUCUCUACAAUUAUACUUAUCGAUUUUUGUUAUCCUGACACAAGCCCUUUUACGUCCCCACUGCAGGGGCUCAGGCCUUCCUUAUGGAUGGUUAAGGAGGAUGGGCCAUGACCCUCCACGCUGGCCCAAUGCGGAUUGGAGGGUAUUGACGACUGCAAAUGCAGCCGGGACCAACGGCUUAACGUGCCUUCCGAAGCACGGAGUAGCUCGAGAUAAAAAUUUUUUGGUGAGAAUAGGGGUGUAGACAACUUUUUUAUAUAUGUUAUAGAUUUGAAUUAAAUAUAUUAAAUAAAAAAUUUUAAGAAGAUAUCAUUAAUAUAAUUAAAAAAAUAUAUACAUAUAAUUUCCCGCGAAUACGCCACUUCCGUCACGCUCGCUAUGACGUCGCAGCACUCUGAAACGAAUAUCGUUUUAUGUACGCUUAAGGUUUUAAUGAAAUGAGAGCAGUGCGUAUUAAAAUAGGCCUUAAUACACUCUCACAGAGUACAGAACGCAAUGCCCGCCGCAAAGAGCGUGUUGAACGUCGCCUCCACCAGAUGGAAGUGGCGGCGUCGCCUCCCGCCACUGCACUACCCCCCACCACGCCACCCGCAGAUGCCGUCAAAGAUCUCUCCGAAUUUGCCAAACUAUACUUCAAUGACCACCCAAGGUCACCAGAAGGUACAAUAAUGGCAACUCUAACUCGCAAGAGCAAAUCCAUGGAGAUGCUGUCUAAAGAGGAAAUGAUCACGUACUACAAAGGCAACAGUAUACCGACAUCCCACAUACAAUUACAUGACCCGGAUAGCGUCACCGCCGCCGUUAAUAUGUUCCGGGAACUAUGCCGUUAUAUGAGAGGAGAAUUAACGGCAGAUAAAGAAACUCAAGUGAUCCAGUCUAUAAUUGCAAAAGGCUUGGAACGAGAAGAGUUGAGAGACGAAAUAUUGGUGCAAUGCGUUAGACAGAUAACUGAAUGCCCUGUAGAAGACUGGGCCGAAAGGCUAUGGCUAGUGUUGUGUUUAUGCGCGGUGGCGUGGCAGCCUAGUCGCGGUCUCUCUCGUCACUACUGCAGCUGGCUACGUGCGAGAGCGAGACAGACUCCUCCCGCUAGAGCGGCACACUGUGCACAGUGGUGUCUAGAUAACUGCAGGGGUGCUGCGCCCAGGCAAUUGCCGCCGAGCACUGUGGAAAUUGCAGCGAUGCGACGUCUAGGUACCAUAGUAUGUCGGUUCUUCUUCCUGGACGGGCGCACUAAGGCAAUAGACGUGCAUCCGGCAGACACGGCGGCGGCGGCGGCCGCGCGACUCGCGGACAAGCUCGGCCUGGCGCCCCACUCCCGGACCGGCUGGGCCGUGUACCAGCAGAGGGGGGGCAAGGAGGAACACGUCAGGGCCACGCAGUACCUGCAACAAGGUCCAGGUGGAGGAUCAGCCGACAACCGUUUCGUGUUCAAACGUCGUUUGUUCCGCGGCGGCCGCGAGUUGCCCCACGACCCCGUCGAGGUGGCAUUGCUUUACGCUCAAGCCGCCACAAUCCUGGCGCAGGCACAUCGCCAGUAUGGUGCCGGUCGCGCAGAAUUGACUGCUAAAGCGCUAUACUUGUCUUGUGUGAUGCAAUACCCACUGUACGGAGUCACGCUGUUCCCUGUCACAUACAAAGGAUACUGGGCACAUGGUCCAAACGUAUUAUUGGGAGUUGGAUCUGAGGGUGUAGUGCUAGUUCGUCCAUCCGAUAAGGUGGUGUUAGCGGAAUAUCCUUAUAGUAAUAUCGCGGCACUGCUCAUGGAUCCAGUGGAUAAUGGCCUCACGAUCAGUCUUACACAUCACGGUCAACACGACGGUCACAGAUGCAUAGUCUUAGAGUCUGCUCAAAAGAACGAAGCGGCGUGGUUAAUGGCAGCGUACAGUCCUGUACUAGCCAACGGCUUAGCAGAUGAGCCGCCUCGUAGGGCUGCGCCCGCCUCGGAGAGAUCAAGGCUCGCCGGUGCCUUGAAGAGUGCUAGAAGAGCCCUAGUCGACUCGGGUAUGCUAAGAAGGCCUACAGAACUAUCCACUGGUAACUUCCUAAGGAACACUUUAAGAAGGCUUAGCAAGCACCGUCUGGACAAGAUUCGCUUAGAUACGACGGUGGAGAGCCAAGGCGAAUGCUACAAGGGAUACCCGGCAGGGUAUUGGUGUUGGUCUCGCUCGUUGCCUCAUAGCCUCACCAAACUCAACGAGGCAGAGGAAGUGGCCGCCAUGCAGAUAUUCAAGGACAUAAUGAGCCACGCGGGUCUAACCACCAAUGAGGGUAGUACAAACAAUCUGGCCAACAACAACAGCGUGAGCAGCCAGGAGAGCGAGAGCGACGACCGUGUCUCACUCGCACAGUCCUUACUACAGCGCUGUCUCCAGAAAGACACGUUGCUCUGCGAACUAUACGUCCAACUCAUCAAACAGACGACGGAUCACCCGGAGCCGUCGUCUCGUGUAUCGGGCCGUCACUGGGCGUUAUUGUGCGCGGCGGUGGGAGCAGCACUGCCGCCCGCCAAGCCAGUGGCGCUGAGUACCGCGCAAGUGCCGCGUCGCUUGGGCGCGCCGUCUAAGGAGGAGGUGUUAUGCGCGGGCGCGCGGCGACCGAUGCACGUGCGCGUGCUGCUACUAGACGGGAAGCAACACGGACUCGUGUUUGGACCCGCCGCCACCGCCGACCACCUCGGCGCGAUGUUGCGCGAGAAAAUCGGACUCUCCGAUGCCGCCACCGGUAUGUCAUUAUUUUUUUAUUUAUGUACAUGGUUUCCCAACAGCUAAAAUUAUAAAAUAAAAAUCUUAGUUAAAAACAGACUGCCAGAAGAUUACGCUUUCGAAAAUAUUACCGAAAUAUUUACUAAACGCGUAGCAUGA